AUGUCACUUAUUCACCAUGCUGUAGGUCAGUUAUUAGACCAUGGUGGAGCCACUGAUGAAACAAUAGAUUUGCUUAGAUGCCUUGGAUUUUCUGUGGGCUGUUCAGCUACUCACAAGAAGCAUGUUUCACUGAUUGACAUUCAGAAGAAGAAGAUAGAGAACACAAUUCUAUGUCAGACUCCAGUCAGCAAGUUUAUAUACCAGGAGUUCUACAAACCAUCCUCUGCAUUUGAACAAGGAACACUCUAUCAACUUCGAAAUGUCAUUCACAGAGUGGAUGUUACUGGAAAAGAUAAAGUUGUUGAAGCAUACAGAGCUCAUUAUGCUUUUGUGGAGGAUGCUUUGGAUGCAUUUAUACUUGGGGCCACAAUGGAUGUUAUGGGACUGAAUGACCUAAAUGGAUCUCCUCAACAGUGGAACCCCAACAUUUUAUCAAUGUAUUCAAAUGAGGAGCAGCUAUCAUGGCUUAGAAAUCUGGCUGAGGCAGUGAUCAACAAACAUAUCAACUUGCAAGGAUCAACUCAUCUCCAAGAUUUGGUUGAAGAAGCUGCCAGGCUAGACGCACAAAAUGCCAGGCUACAUAGCAUGUUUGAUGCCGUCACCAGUCAGUAUAUGUGCACGUGUCAGAAAAACUACAAGACAAUUGGACACUUUAAACGCCAUCUAGAGAGAGAACACAAUUGGCAUUUCCUUACUGCUGCACGAGAAGAACCCAAAAAGGGGGACAAGGUUGCAGUAUGGCGGUCGUCGUUCAUGAAAGCUGCUCUUAUCUUAAGAGAUACAUCUGAUGCUUAUAAAAUGGGCGACGGAAACCGGAUAUUUUUGAAUGCAAAAUUUGAAAUGCUGUGUGCAAAUGUUGCCGGACAUACCAAGUAUCAGCUUUGGCUGUGGAGAAUGAUGGCCUAUGAACAGGCCAUCUUAACACCUAAGCAAGCCUUUGAAUACAAAUGGAAUACAACAGCAAAUCUUAACGGAACUAUUGAUGGAAACAUUCCAAAUGACAACUUAGUGGAAAUUUGUGUUCAGCUAGUAAAGAAGAAAAUAAAAGAGCAGGGUUCAAACUUUACCUUUAAUAGUGCCCAGACUACAGCAUUAGCAUGUCAAAUCCAAGAUGAGCUGAGAGAGAAUAUUAGGUAUCAGGUGUCAAUGAAACCCUCUGGUAAAUCAAGGACAAAGACUGAUAAAUCUUCUGACAUAAAUUUGAUGCUGAUGGAGUUGAUGGCAGGUGACAUCUUUGAAAACAUUCAAGGGCGCCAAUUUGAAAAUUUCAAAAACAUAAAAGAUGUUUUUGAAAAGGUAAACCUUCAUAAACUGCACAUUUGGAUAAGUAAGCAAAAGGAGAGAGCAUCGUUUGAAAUGAUGUAAAAGUUUAUACAUUGUGAAUGUGUGUUAUCAAUUAAUAUGAACUGAGAAUUCAUUUUAACGAGUCAACAUAAAGGGCAAUAAUAGCUAGA